ACACACACACACACACACACACACACCCCAACAACAACAACAGCGAGAAACGUUCAUUUGGCACAUCGACGCAUCGACAAGUCCACACACCUGUCGACAACCAGACACAACCAACCAUCAUGGACGACGAGGAGACCUUCAUGGCCAUGAGCGAUGACGAAGAGUUCCCUGUUGGCGGGAGCGAUGACGAAGACUUUGGCGAGGACAACGACGACGUCAUGGUCGACGACGACGACGACGAUGGUGACGACGAAGCCAUGUUUGGUGUAGAGGAAUCCGGAGCACCCACACUGCUUGUCGACGAGACACAAUGUACCUUCAUCACAGCGGAUGAACUCAUCGCACAACAAGUACACCUCAUCAAAGAAAUCUCCUCUGUCCUCCAGUUGCCACAUGGGACGGCGAGAGUGUUGUUGGAGCACUUUGGCUGGAGCAAGGAGCAGCUAAUGGAGAGGUAUUGGACAGAGGAUCACGACAAACUCUUUGCAGACGCAAGAUGCAUCCAGCCAAAGGACAUGAAGGAUCAGUGCGACGAGGACAUGUGCAGUAUUUGUGGCAACGACAACAAAGAGGAGCUGUUGCAAAUUGGGUGUGGGCACGGGUUUUGCCACGAGUGCUGGGUUGCAUAUUUGGAAGAGAAGAUCCUUUCCCAAGGAAAGCAGAGCAUUGAAUGCCCCGAGUACAACUGCAAUAUUCUCGUGGAUGAAUCGACAGUCACGUCGCUGUUGAAGGGCCCAGCGCAUGCAGAGACGCUGGCGCGGUAUUACGAGCGGGUGGCAGAUGCAAUUGUGGACAGCAAGAAGACAAUGCGGUGGUGCCCUGCGCCCGACUGCAAGUUUGCAGUCAUUGCGCCCCACUCCAAGUGCAAGAUGGUCAAGUGCAAGUGCGGCUUUGAGUUUUGCUUCCAGUGCGGCCAGGAGAACCACACACCCGUUUUGUGCUUGAUGCUCAAGGCGUGGCUGAAGAAGUGCGCAGACGACAGCGAGACUUCCAACUGGCUGCAGGCGCACACGAAGCCGUGCCCCAAGUGCGCGUCUGUGAUUGAGAAGAAUGGCGGGUGCAACCACAUGAGCUGCCGCAAGUGCAAGCACGAGUUUUGCUGGAUCUGCCUUGGCGACUGGGAGCCGCAUGGGUCGUCGUGGUUCAACUGCACGCGGUUCAACGACAGCGAGACGGCUGUUGUGCGGGAGAAAGUGGAUGCGUCGCGUUCGCUGCUGAAGCGGUACCUGUUUUACUUUGACCGCUUCAAGAACCACCAGUCGAGCAGGCAGUUUGAGGAGAAGCUCGUCAAGGCCGUCGACUGGAAGAUGAAGCAGAUGCAGAAGCAGGGAUGGGGCUGGGUCGAAGUCCAGUUUCUGAUACAAGCGGUGGCGACGCUGCAGCAGGCGCGCCGUGUGCUGCAGUACACGUAUGUGUUUGCGUACUACCUCAAGAAGACGCCCCAGUGCCUCAUCUUUGAGGAGAACCAGGCAGACCUGCAGAUGCAGACGGAGCGCUUGUCGGAGUAUCUCGAGCAGCGCGCUGCAAAGAUGGACGACCUCCACAACCUCAAGCAGCAGGUGAUGAACCUGCGGGCGUACUGCGAGCACCGCCUGCAGAAGUUGGUUGAGCACGUUGAGGAAGGGUACAAGGUCGGCUUUUGGGAGUAUGACGAGAAGAUUGCCGAGGAGAUGGUUGGCCAGGUGGACGAGUUCAACGAGAGCUUGGAACUGUAAACGCAACGUGCGACUGUGUGUGUGUGUGUGUGUGUUUCGUGUUGCUUUGUGGUUCCUUUUUCCCCCUCUUCACCUCUUUUCAUGUCGUGUCAUGUGUCUUCAACUAAGGGUGCCUGUAUCUGUCUGUGCACGGUUUGGAUUUUUUGCUUCUUAUCCUGAAUAAACAUCCAUUCCCCUGGCC